CCGCUCACCUUUGAGUGAGGAGGCAGCAGCUCAUCCUCCUCACGAUGAUUUUCCUCCUGCAGCAUCUCUUCUUGCUGGCCACAGACUUACUGCUCGCCACGACCCUUUCCUGCCUCUUCUAUGGCUUCGUAUGCAUUUCUGUUGCAACUUUGGCCUGCUUCAUUAUCCUCUUCUCCUUUGGCAUUGUGGAGAGGAAUACUGAUGUGAAAGGGAGAGCAAUCGUCAUUCUCGUGUCCAACAGCUCCAUUGGGAGGAUGUUUGCAAGGAACCUGAAUAAAGCAGGUUUCAGGGUGUCUGCUGCACACUGGCCUCCUCGAGAGAAGGGGACAGCUAUGGAAGAAGAGUGCUCCUCAAGCAUUGAGGUAGCCCAGCUCCACAUGACUGAAGAUGAGUAUCAGAAGACAAUGAAAACCUUCAUAGAAAGCCACUUAUCCCUGAAAGGCAUGUAUGGGCUGAUGAAGAAGCCGUCCAUCCUGAUAUGGGAAGAAAUGGAACCAGACACACACAGCUUAUCUGAGAGAAAAACCUCCUCUAAAUGGAAGAAGGUUUUCAAGGCUCCAGCCUUCUGUGUCACAGUCCUCUCUUGCCUAGUGAACUGUGCCUUGACUUUCCUGAAGAGAAGCCUGCAGCUCCUUGUGCCUCUGCUGGAGCCCAAAAACUGAGAGGUGAGCAAACACGCUCACAGCUCAGUUACAUGCACCUCAGAACUAAGCAGCACCCACUGUAAUGGCAGCUUUUACCUCUGCUGGGACCAGGAAGGAUGACCCACCCAUCAGGAAGAGGGCUGGGAAAGCAUCAUUGGAACAGGCUCCUGUCCCCUCCAGCAUUCUGACACCUGAAGGAUGCUGCCUUCCUGCACCAAUCCAGCCCCACAGAGUCCAGCCUGGGGCACAGCCACACGCAAUCAGCUGCCUGAGGGGCAAAGUCAAACCAGAUUUGGCUUGUGUUGCCUUAACUGGUAAAUGCUGUCCUAUACUAUCUGAAACAGCUGUAAAACCACAGCUGUCAACACUGGUGCACAUUCACAUAUGUAGAAUCUCACAUAUAUCAAGUGAUGUGACCCAAAUGUGCAUUAAAUAACUAACAAUUACAGACACAAAACCUUUUUCAGGGGCUGUCAUUGGUGGGUGUUUACCCAGAGCUCAGUUUUGCCCUGCAAGCACUGACACCAAAAUCACUGGGAGAGCAAAGAGACAACAGACUCUCUCAGCGGGAGGACAUGGGAGGUGCUUCAGAGCCUGCUGCUACACAAGCAGAUCCUCUGCUGAGCUCUGCAGCCAGACCUGCAGCAGAUGUAGAUCAGUCACAAAAGCAAGACCAGCCAGCUCCAUCUCCAAGACUGAGGCAGAGCAUUAGCUGCGCUCCAGCAUCUCACUGAGGUUUAAGAGGUACAGUAGUUGCUUUUAAAGGGCAAACCCAAAUAUACCCUGUAGCUUCUUCAUUGCUGGAUCAUUUCUCCUCCAUUCCUGUGGUCUCACUGCUGCAGGCUGUGAUGGCUUUGGAAUUACAUUUGCUCCAGCACACAGCUA